AUGUUUGUAAGUGUCUACUUCUCAGUCGUUGUGAGGAUGUUCCCAUUCGCACAGCUCUACAAAUCCAUGCGGUCAAAGCGUAAAAAGAAGAGUAAAGAGACGAGUGAGCGGAAGAAGAAGACGUCGAUUCCGGCGGCGGGCCAGAAGAAGGAGGAGAGCAAGAGGAACAAGACGAAGGCGUCGAAGGAGACGGCCGACGGAGUGAGCCGGGCCGUUCCUGCUCCGCCGCCGAAAAACGACUUUCCCGGGGAGGCGGUCGCCAAGAAAUGGAUGACCGCUCCAACUUUAAGUACUCUAAUCUUUCAUCUUUUCCAUCUGAGACCCGGUUUUCAGCCUUGGACGCCAUCAGCAAAGAGUUCGGCCAAGUUUCGUCGGCCAAGCCCGCUGCGGCCAAAUGCCCUCGAUUCCAGGCGAAUCUUCCAAAGUCUCGAGCCACGGACUGUCCCAUUGCCGACGAUAAACUCGUGAAAUUAAGCCACGCGCCGGAGGGAUUCAUCUGUGCCGCCAAACUGACGGUCCCAGAGUUCAAACGGACGGCGCUAGUGGCUCAGGUGCCCGAUGUGACGAAGGCUCCGAUGCUCGAGGACUUUUGGCGGAUGAUAUUUCAGGAGGAAAUAGUGUCAAUUGUGCUGGCAGUGAUGCCGAUGGAAUGUCAAGUGUCCCUCCAACAGUUGCUUCCGAUCGCCAACGGAACGUUCGCGAACCACGGAAAGAUGUUUCUGAAUAACAAAAAAGUGGAGUCGUCGGUCGGAAUGACCGCCUACACACUGGAAUUGCUGCCGGACGGAUGCUCCAACUCGGUCAACACCACCGUUUAUCACUUGCUGAAUUGGAAGCAGAAAAAGGGAGCGGACAAUAUCGGAGAGCUCGUGAACACCAUCGAAAAAGUGGUCAAGCUUAAUGAGGUACCGUAAUCCUUCCCGUAGAAUCUACAGUAAUCCCCCUACAGAACGUGGCGUUCGUUAGCAUGAACGGAACGGGAAGAGCCGGCACGAUGCUGUGCGUCUUUGCGGGAAUGCAACUGAUCAACAAGAGUGUGGAUGUGAAAAUGAAGGAGAUUCUCGAGAAAUUGAGGGCCGAACGGAGCGGAUUGGUCGAGAACGCGGAGCAGUACGUGGCAGUGCACAAGGCGAUCGCCACGUGGAUCAAGACAAAGUCGAAGGACGAGCUAAUCGCGAAGAAGGCCAAGGAGUUGGGCGUAUAA